GUAUAUAAAAUUCUAAUAUGUUAUGCCACGAUUCCUGUGGUGUUUUUUCCACAGUGAAUGAUUCACAGUGUGCAUAAUUGCAUAUAUUAGCCCUUGAUCAAACCAAACCAUUAGCCAUGUGGUUCUUGUUGACCUUCCAAUAACUUUGGUUCAACCAUCAUGCAGAUCAAUGCAUCCCACCACAGAGUACAUGAAAAACAACCAUACCGAACUUGGUACCACUUUCAGCCCCCACAAAAUUGGAUGAACGAUCCAAAUGGACCAAUGUACUACAAAGGAGUUUACCACUUUUUCUACCAAUAUAACCCUUAUGCGGCAACCUUUGGUAGGCACAUGGUAUGGGGUCAUUCUGUAUCCUAUGAUCUCAUCAAUUGGAUUCAUCUAAAUCAUGCUCUUGAACCAAGUGAAUCUUAUGACAUUAAUGGCUGCUAUUCUGGCUCAAUCACAACCCUCCCUGGGGAAAAACCUAUUAUUAUGUAUACAGGAAGUGAUACUAGAAAACAUCAAAUUCAAAACUUGGCUAUGCCAAAGAAUCUACUAGACCCCUUCUUAAGAGAAUGGGUGAAACACCCCCAAAACCCUGUGAUGACUCCACCUAGUGGAGUUGAAUUGGACGGUUUCAGAGAUCCAACAACUGCUUGGCAAGGAAGUGAUGGAAAAUGGAGAGUAAUUAUUGGUGCCAAAAAUGGUGAUGAAGGGAAGGCUCUUCUCUACCAUAGUGAGGAUUUUGUUAAUUGGAAACUACACUACAAUCCUUUGUAUGCAUCAGACAGUACUGGAAUGUUUGAGUGUCCAGAUUUCUUUCCAGUGUACAUUAGUGGCACAAAGAAUGGGGUGGAUACAUCUGUCCAAAACAGCAGUGUUAAGCAUGUCUUGAAAUUGAGUUAUCAAAACAAACAACAAGAGUACUAUUUGGUAGGUGAAUAUUUUCCUGAUCAGGAAAAGUUUAUUCCUGAUCCUGACUUGGGAGGAAGUUGUAUGGACUUAAUAUUGGACCAUGGAAUGUUUUAUGCUGGCAAGACAUUUUUUGAAUAUGGCAAGAACAGAAGGAUAUUGUGGGGGUGGUCAAAGGAGUGUGACACCACACAGGAUGAUGUUGAGAAAGGAUGGGCUGGUCUACAGGGUAUUCCAAGGCAAGUUUGGCUUGAUAAAAGUGGGAAGUGGUUGAUGCAAUGGCCAAUUGAAGAGGUAGAAAAACUACGUGACAAACAUGUUAGCAUAAUGGGAGAGAAACUGGUUGGUGGAUCAACUCUUGAAGUCUCAGGUAUCACUGCAUCACAAGUUGAUGUAGAAGUGUUAUUUGAGCUACCUGAACUGGAAAGUGCAGAGUGGCUAGAUCAAAGUGAAGUUGAUCCCCUCUUACUGUGUAGUGAAGAAUAUGCAUCAAGAAGUGGUAUAAUAGGGCCAUUUGGUUUGUUAGCUUUAGCAUCUGAGGACCAAGCAGAACACACUGCAAUAUUCUUCAGAAUAUAUAGAGCUCCCAAUAGAUAUGUAUGCUUCAUGUGCAGUGACCAGAGCAGGUCAUCAUUGCGGCAGGACCUUGAUAAAACCCCAUAUGGAACCAUCUUUGACAUAGACCCCAAUCUCAAAACGAUUUCACUUAGAAGCUUGAUUGAUCGCUCCAUUAUUGAGAGUUUUGGAGAGAAAGGGAGAAUUUGUAUUACUAGUAGAGUUUAUCCAUCAUUGGCUAUAGACAAAGAUGCACAUCUUUAUGUAUUCAACAAUGGAAGCCAGAGUGUGGUGAUCUCAGAACUUAAUGCUUGGACCAUGAAGAAAGCAGAAUUUGAUCAAGAGUAAAGCAUAAAUAAGCAGUAGCUAAGAAGGAUUUGGAUAAUCAUACAACAUUUGAUCUUGAUAUUUUACAUUUUUUUGCUGAAUGCCUUGAUAUUUUACAUUGUAUAUGUUAUGUUCUUCAUUUAUAUAAUAAAUUUAUUUGCUUUUAUCA